CUCAAACUGGUGCAGAGUUUGAAGACCCGUGUGGUGAAAAAUAAUUGCAAUCCUGAAUGGAAUGAUGAACUGACUCUUUCUAUUGCAGAUCUUAGGACUCCAAUCGGUUUAUCAGUGUAUGACAAAGACACAGUAACAGACCAUGACAAAAUGGGAGAUGCCGUAAUUGACAUCGAACCAUACAUCGAAUGUCUGAAGAUGGGACUGGAAAGCCUCCCAGAGGGGUGUGUGGUUAAGAGGGUAUAUCCAAGCAGAACAAACGACUUAGCUGAUGAGAGCCAAUGUGUUUGGAACAAAGGGAAAAUUAUACAGAACAUGCACCUUAGGUUGAAGAAUGUAGAGUGUGGUGAGGUGGAGAUUCAGCUCGAAUGGAUCGAUGUUCCGGGAUCUAAGGGUCUGCCGAAAGAGGGUAUGAGCCACUUCUAAGUUCCUAAAUUGAUGCACUACUAGGUACACUAUGUAAUAAGUUUCCCAGUUUCAUGGCUUGUAGAUGUUAGCAGAAGGAAAUAAGGGUAUUUGCCUUGUUGACCUGAAACUGGACUUAGAAUUCUGGUUCUGUAGAAUGAAUAUAUAUGCCUGAAUUAUCUUUAUUCUGCUUCUGCAAAGUGACAACUUCAUCCUGUAAUCACAUAUAUAUUAACUACUCUAUGUCUUCUGCCAUU